AUGUUCAACGAUGUCACGAAACCUCCACCGCCACUGCCAAAGGAGGAACUCCGAAUCCUCGACCAGGGCGUGUCCAUGCUGUCCCCACUCACUCGCAGAGGGCACGGUCCAGGAAUCAUUGUGCUUGUCUCAGAUUCAAGUGCAUCAACAAAGAUCAUAGAAGGUGUUCCAUCACAUCUCGUAAAAUGGGCCGAAGAAGGUUACGCCGUUGUUGAAAUUGAGCAGCAGGCGCUACAGAAGAACGUCAAGGAUGCGCUUAGCCAAGCUGUCAACGCACUGAAACAGAAUAAGAAGUGCAAACCUAAAGAGAAGAUCGGAGUUGUGGCAUACGACCCAAUGUGCUGGAAUCUUGCCGCAGAGGCAGUGAACAGCAUCCCGGAAGUCGCCGCUACCGCUGUAUACGCAGAUACUGCUGAGCAAAAAUUGAUAGCUGCGUCAAGUGCUCCAUCUAUGUAUCACUUGGCAGGUAAAGGGAGUGACAGGCCGCUGAGAUCCGAGAACUUGACUCUGUACUACUACCCAGAGGUGCAGUCAUACACUUUUGCCACUCCCUUCCAGAAGACAUUUCACUAUACUCAAGAGGCUAUAUCGCACACUAGGAGUAUCACACACCUCAAGAAGCAGAUGGGUGGCCCAUGGUUUGACCUUGAGCUCAUAUGGGACGAGCACACCUACUACGAGUUCGCGGAUCGUUCUGUUGAGCACACAAUGAGUACUAUGGUGCAGGAACCAUAUAUUGGCGCGCUGAUUGGAAUACAGCUUACGGGUGGUGUGGGCAGAGAGCCCUUGACCAACUUCUACGCACACAACUUUAUCUUCAACAACUCCGCAGACACGAACCUAGAGCUGAUAAGUAGAUCGAUUGCCAUCGAUCGAAUUAUUGACGAAUUCAUCUUCACUUUUACUCAUGAUCGUGAGCUUGACUGGCUUGUUCCUGGUAUUCCCCCAACCAACCUCAAGGUCGAGGUACCAUUCUGUGCUGUCGUGAACAUUCGAGGCGAUCGCUUAUACCAUGAGCAUAUCAGCUGGGACCAAGGUACAGUCCUCCGGCAACUGGGUCUGUUGCCAGAGUAUCUACCCUUCCCGCACCCACUUCCAGAUGGGAAGGCCCCGGCACCUGGCAAGCGACUCGAGUAUCGUGUACCGGUCUUUGGAACGGAGGUCGCCCAUAAGAUGAGAGAUCGGAAUACGGUCCCGUCUAAUGAGAUGUUUCAUUUCAAGAUUAGGGAGGUGUAG